AUGCAGUUCAAUCUUGUCACUCUUUUGUCGCUCCAGAUGAGCCUGACUUCAGCCUUGACCAUUCCCAGCGGCAACGUGAAACGCAGCAUUGUGAGCGAUGUUGUUCUCUACGCGUACGGUCAAGGAGCCGCAGACUGGCCUAUUUCAUACGGGCUCAACGAUAGCAAGCUCUACGUUACGGCCAACCCUGAAAAUACUGCCGCAAAUCUUGCUCCCGUAAAAUGGAGCCUUUCUGCGAUCACCGACGAGAACUGGAUGGCCAACGCAACGCUCGCCAACGGCACCGACAUCGGAUCUCUCUAUAUCAUGCACCAAGACCCCUUCAACUCCGUUGACGUAUCCCCAGUUGCGACCAUCAGUGAGAUGAACGGUACAGUCACCGGGUUCAGCCUGUUUGCCACGCAGCUGGUCUACAAUGACAACUCGAACUUAGAAUCUCAGUUCUGGGCCCAGUCGACGAGUACAGAUGGUAUCUACUCUCUGAAGUGGAACGCAGAUGGUGGGAUGCAAGACAACAGCUUCCCAGUGCUGCUCAAGUACGGGACUGCUACGUGA